GUUCUUUUUCUUCCAACAAGGCAACAAGUCCCCCCUCUUUCUCCGUCGCGUGCUAAUCCAAACACAGUGCCCACAGUAUUACGCAUUUUACAUUUUCAAUUUUUUUAAAAUAAAAAAGUGUUAUUAAAAGCAGAACCAAACAGCCCCUAACAAUUCCGUCAACCAAACUGAUAAAACUCAAUCCGUUUCCUUUGAAACAAACAGAUUCUCAAUUCAUUUUUCUUGCCCCUUCGUUUCCAUUCCUUAUCUAUUUCCUCGCGACUGAGUCUCUAUCUUUCUCCGUUACAUGCUUAUCCAAAUGUCUCCACAGUGUAGGACACUCCACGACUACUUUAAAACUGUUACUCUCAAUUCGUUAGCUUCAAUACACUCUCUCUCUGUAUAGACGCCAGAAUCCAAAUUCUUGUUAAACCUUCUCCAUCUCUCUCUCCAAAUUCUUACUCUCUCUCUCUCUAGGGCAUUCCGAUGGAUCCAAACCCUAAAACCUUUCCAAUUCUCUCCUACGUCUUGUCCAAACUCCCCAGUAUCGGACCCAAACACUCCGCCAAUGAAUUUGACGUCGAACGGCCACCACCACCGUCCGAUGCUUCCACUUCGACUUCACCGUCAUUCGAACUGACGGCGCAGAUGCCCUACCUCUCCGACCCCAAAGUCAUCGCCUCCAUGCGAUUCGCCGUCUCCGAAGUCGCCCAGACCCGAUCCGUCCUCCAAACCCUAGGUGACCGACCCGACCACGAGACCGUCGACACUGCCAGGGCCAAGCUUGCUCAGAUCGAGUCGAGUCUCUCCAAGCAGCUGGAAGGGAUCGUGCUGUCGCCGCGUCCGGCGGAGGUUGACCGCCUCGGGUGGCGGUCGCACUUGGCGGACAAGGAGAAGGAGGUCCGGCAAGCGGCGGAGAGAGAGAAGCAGAUGUACAAGGCGGUGAUUCAGCUGGACGAAAUGCACGACGCGUACGAGAAGCUGUUGAAUAACGCCGAGGAGAAGUUGGUGAAGAUUUAUGAGUCGGCCGCGGCGGGCGUCAAUGGGGUGGCAGAGGAUAAGCCAGUGGCGGAGGAGAUGAAUGAGGAAGUGGUUGGGAUUUUGCAGGAGGCGUCCGGGAAGGGGAUAGAGAGGAUUGAUCUGUCCGGUAGGCGGUUGCGUAUUCUUCCCGAGGCAUUUGGACAUAUUCGACAAUUGGUCAUGCUCAAUCUGUCGUCUAAUCUGCUUGAGGUAGUUCCUGAUUCAAUUGCGGGACUGGAAAACCUUGAGGAGCUUAAUCUUGCAUCAAACCUUUUGGAGUCAUUGCCAGAUUCCAUCGGGGUGUUGCUUAAUUUAAAGAUCCUAGAUGUAUCUGGAAACAAGCUAACUGUCUUGCCUGACAGUAUUUGUUAUUGCAGGUCAUUGGUGGAACUGGAUGCGAGCUUCAAUAGACUGACAUAUUUGCCAACAAACAUUGGUUAUGAACUGGGGAAUCUGAGAAGGCUUUCAAUCCAUCUGAACAAGAUCCGUUCUCUUCCCACUUCUAUUGGUGGAAUGAGGUCUUUGCGCCUUCUGGAUGUGCACUUCAACGAGCUCCAUGGCCUUCCACUUGCGAUUGGAAGAUUGACAAAUCUUGAGGUCCUGAAUCUGAGCAGUAAUUUCAGCGACCUAACUGAACUUCCAGAUACAAUUGGUAACUUAACCAACCUCAAAGAACUUGAUCUCAGCAACAACCAGAUCCAUGCUCUUCCAGAUACAUUUGGUCGGCUUGACAAUCUGAACAAGCUUAACUUGGAGCAGAAUCCUCUUGUAAUUCCUCCAAACGAAGUUGUGACUGAAGGGGUUGAAGCUGUCAAGGUUUUUAUGGCUAAGAGGUGGCUUGACAUAUUGUUAGAGGAAGAACAGAAGAGCAUGCUUGAAGUAAGUGAGCAGCAGAUGCAGACCAAUUACUUAACUCGAAGCACCUCAUGGUUGAAGACUUUUGUUUCAGGUGUUUCUGGGUAUUUAGGAACUGUUGGAAAAUCGUCUGUAGACCCUUAUCUUAAUCAGCAGCUAUGAUUUCAUUUUCUGCUGAUUGAUUUUUCUGAGAAUCCACUUCCUUUCGAUGGCAUGCACAGCUGAUGAAGAUUGAAGAAUUCUGGAAAAUGUUCAUAAGUUUUAAAAGGAAAAUAAACAGCCAAAGGAUCAUGCAGUGUUGUUUUCUUUUGAUACCCUUGUAGUGUAAGCAGGAUGCUUAUAGUUUGUACAUUUUAUAACAAGAAUUUUUCCAAAUUUUGGAAUCAGACCUUUUUACGGUCUCUCCUUUUGAUCU